AUGGCACAACAACCCAUGGGAAUGUCCAAUGACAAACCCAUUAACGGAACCGCUGGAGCGUACCCCGGCGGAGCUCCGGGAAAAUGGUCGUUCGGACUUUUUGACUGCUUCUCUCCAUUUAGUACCUGUUGUUUGGCGUGUUGGUGUCCCUGCAUUCUUUACGGGAAGACACAAGAUCGGUACAAGGGCGACAACGACUCUAGUGGCAUCAACGGACAGUGCUGCGCAUUCUACUGUUUGAUGCACCUUGGGGGACAUUGCAUUCUCCAGUGCAUCAAUCGAGGCUCCACACGUGACAGAUAUGGUAUCGAGGGUGGGAGCGUGGGUGAUUUCUGCACAUCGUGCUGGUGUGGAUGUUGCACCUUGAUUCAGGAAGACAAGGAAGCCAUUGUGAGGACGACGGGCAUGAAUCCAAAGACCAAGCAGCCCUAUGUGAGUCCAGGACAGAUGAUGUAUCCAUGA